UCGUUUUCUUUAUCUCUCAUCUGAUUAUUGUUCUUUAAAUGGGGUGGCAAGAGAACACAGGUGAUGUCAAUUUACAUUUGGCUUAUUGCAGGAGCUUUUCUUUCUUGCUUCAUUAAAUCUUUUCCAGUUGUGAUUAGAAAACCCAGCAAUCUUCUUCCUGUUUUAAGAAACAACACCUGUCUUUCAAUCUCAGUUCAAUAAUUCUUCUUUUUUAUCUCGUCCUUUCCAAAAUAUCCAUCUUUUUGCUAAAAACUUCCCUGAAAUUGAUCAAAACCCAAUUCUUAAUUCUCUCUGCGUAAUCCAAAAUUACACAAAGCAGAGAACAAUCCUUGAAAGAAAUCAUGGGAUUUGAUAAAGAAGCAAGUUCAUCAUCUCAUGUGCUUAAAGUACCAUCUCUACCAAGAGAAGACACACCACUUCUUGGCAAAAAACCUCCACGUUCUUCUCAAUUUAAGACCUUUGCUAAUGUCUUUAUUGCUAUAGUCGGAGCUGGUGUUCUUGGCCUUCCUUAUACUUUUAAGAAGACUGGAUGGAUUAUGGGUUCUCUCAUGCUUUUCUCUGUUGCCUUCCUCACAUAUUAUUGUAUGAUGUUACUUGUCUAUACUCGCAGAAAGCUUGAAUCUUAUGAAGGUUUCUCUAAGAUUGCUUCUUUUGGUGAUCUGGGUUUUGCUGUUUGUGGUCCUAUUGGUCGUUUCUCUGUUGAUGCUAUGAUUGUUCUUGCACAAGCUGGGUUUUGUGUUAGUUAUCUUAUCUUUAUAGCUCAUACCUUAGCUUAUGUUUUUAAUCAUCAAUCAAAUGAGAAAAUUAUGGGCUUCUUAAGUCCUAAAGCUAUGUAUAUAUGGGGUUGCUUUCCUUUCCAAUUGGGGUUGAAUUCAAUUCCAACAUUAACCCAUUUGGCUCCACUAAGUAUUUUUGCUGAUGUUGUUGAUCUUGGAGCUAUGGGUGUGGUGAUGGUGGAAGAUGUAGUUGCCUACUUGAAAUAUAAACCUGCUUUACAGGCUUUUGGUGGGUUUUCUGUUUUCUUUUAUGGUUUAGGUGUAGCUGUCUAUGCAUUUGAAGGCAUUGGGAUGGUAUUGCCAUUAGAAUCUGAGGCAAAAGACAAGGACAAGUUUGGGAAAGUGUUGGGAGGGUGUAUGGCAUUCAUUGCUCUACUGUAUGGAGGAUUUGGGAUUCUGGGUUACUUUGCAUUUGGUGAAGAAACUAAAGAUAUAAUCACUACCAACUUAGGGCGAGGAUUACUGAGCAGUUUAGUUCAGUUUGGUUUGUGUGUGAAUCUAUUCUUUACUUUCCCAUUGAUGAUGAACCCAGUUUAUGAGGUUGCGGAGAGGAGAUUUUGUGGUUCUAGCUACUGUUUGUGGCUGAGAUGGGUGGUGGUUUUGUUAGUAAGCUUAGUGGCUUUGUUAGUACCAAAUUUUGCAGACUUCUUGUCACUGGUCGGGAGCAGUGUCUGCUGUGCUCUUGGUUUUGUGCUGCCUUCUCUGUUCCACUUGAUGGUGUUCAAGGACGAAUUGAGCUGGAAGGGUUUGGCCAUUGAUACCACCAUUUUAGUUUUUGGGGUGGUGGUUGCACUCACUGGAACCUGGUCUUCUCUAUUGGAGAUAUUUGUGUCCAAGUCCUCUUAAAUCUUAGUAGUUUUUUGUUUUUUCUAUUUUUCUGUUCCUCUUUUACUAGGAUUGGCAAGUGUAGAGGUUCUAUUUUAAAGACAGCAUAAUGCAGUAUUCUUUGUUGAAAAACGUUAGUGAUUUGUGUAAUAAAAGAAACCAAUAAUAUAAUAUAAGAAACUGGUGUGAGCUAAUGCACGUUCUCUUUUA